AUGGUGAUGAAGCUCAGAUUCAAUGCGAGUGUGGUGCUAGAGAGAAAUCGCAAUGGACGCAUUGUGUUUGCGGGUGAUUCUGUGGGAAGAAACCAGUGGGAGUCUUUCCUGUGCAUGCUGACAAAAGGAGUUUCUAACCUCUCCAGAAUACAUGAAGUGAAUGGAAAUCCCAUAAGCAAACACAAAGGGUAUCUGGCCAUGAGGUUUCAGGAAUACAACUUGACAGUAGAAUACUACAGAACACCCUUCUUGUGUGUUAUAGGUCGUCCACCCAUCAACUCAUCCAAUCAUAUAAGAAGAACUAUCAGGCUUGACGAGUUGCACUGGGGCAACUACUUCCAGGAAGGAGGGAGGGUAAGGAUGAUGAACGUGAAAGAAGCAUUUUUGAGAUCCUUACAGACGUGGAAAUCAUGGGCAUUAAACAAUCUAGAUCCUAGGAGUUUCGUCUUCUUUCGUAGCUUCUCCCCCGUCCACUUCAGGAAUGGCACAUGGAAUGAUGGAGGACAGUGUGACAAACAAACAGAGCCAGAAAAUGACCCUACAAAACUUGAAACAGAACCAUAUCAUAACAUAUUUAUAUCUGGUGUUGUCAAACAGAUGCAAUAUGAGAGCCGGAAAGCCCAAUUUUUGAACAUCACAUAUCUUUCAGAGUUGAGGAAAGAUGGUCACCCUUCCAAGUUUCGGGAACCAGGCACUCCACCUAAUGCCCCACAGGAUUGUAGCCACUGGUGCUUACCAGGAGUGCCAGACACGUGGAAUGAACUUCUCUAUGCCCAACUCCUGUCUGAGAAAUUUGGCAUGAACAAAAAAUUUCCAGAAAGAGGAUAA